GCGUGACCGUCAUUUAGGUGAUCAUAUCCUAUCACAGAGAGGGGAGGUCUGCUUUAAAGAGAAAUAUCUAGCACUGGCUCGUUUUUUUCCCUCACACACGCAGUAUUAUUACUUUUGAUCUGCCGCAGUUUCUAUUUGAUAUUGUUGCUUAAUCUAUAACUAUAAUUCACAUAAACUCCCUGGAGCUGUUUCUUGGUUGACUUAAUCUACGAGGAGUGAGCAGACUGUGUUUUGGGUAUGAGCCAUUGCACCAUCCCUGAGCGUCGGCAGAAGCCUGAGAAGGACGCAAGGGUGUGCACUGUGUUCUAAGAACGAGCGAGUGGAUAUUCAGACAUCGGAGAACGACGAGCAACGACGUGAAUCAUGUCUUACUAUAACCGAGAACUGGUGGUAUUUUUUAUUAAAUAUAAACUCUCACAGAGGAACUACCCCUACAAUCACAUUGAAUUUACAGAAGACACAAAUCGGACUGAUGCGGCGGAAGGGAAUGAUGAUGAGGAGGCAGCAGGAACGACAACCCUCGUUAAUGGCUCCCUGAACGGAACAAGUACUGGUUCCACUGGGACCCCGCCAAGGUCCCCCGCUUCAACCCCCCAGCGUCAGACAAACGGGACUGGGGGUCUGGAUGCAGUAAAGGAGGCGCUUCGCGAUUCUGCCAACGAGUUUGAGCUGCGUUAUUCCCAAGCAUUCAACGACCUGUCCUCGCAGCUCCACAUCACGCCUGCCACAGCGUACCAGAGCUUCGAGAGCGUGAUGGAUGAGGUGUUCCGCGACGGCGUCAACUGGGGCCGCAUCGUGGGACUGUUUGCCUUCGGAGGGGCUCUGUGUGUUGAGUGCGUGGAGAAGGAGAUGAGCCCGCUAGUGGGAAGCAUCGCGGAUUGGAUGACCGUCUACCUAGACAACAAAAUUCAGCCCUGGAUCCAGAGCCAAGGAGGAUGGGAACGCUUCGCAGAGAUCUUUGGAAAAGAUGCAGCGGCAGAGAGCAGAAAAUCACAAGAAAACUUCAAGAAGUGGUUGCUGGCGGGAAUGACCUUGCUCACGGGUGUCGUGGUCGGGUCACUCAUUGCACAGAAACGCCUGUGAAGAUCAGGAUAACUGAAAAUCCAAAUACACCCACUGCUUCAUUUAGACCUCCUACUAACAUGAAGGAACUUAAAAAAUACAUUUGUUUCGGAUUUAUUUGUUUCCCUUUUAUUGCCAAGAAAUUUCAUGUUUACAUCCCACAUCCCACUGUGUACUGUUGACUGAGUGGAGCACAUCUGUGAUGUGAUAUCACAUGAUCCAGACUGCAUGAGGGUGAUUUGCUUUUUAGCUGACUAGGAUCAAGCUAACCCAUCUCUCCUUAAACCCUGUUUAACAAAAUGACAAAAAAAAAAGUCUAGGAAAAAUGACUAAAAAAAGAAGAACAUUUGCCCAAACCUUCAUUCUUUGUGUCUGUAAUUAUUAUUUUUUGUUGUUAUAAAUAAUUAUUUUCUGCUUUAUCAUCAGUCUUUUUAAGUAUCAUUAUUAUUCUCUCGUUUUCAAAGAGACUGGCAAAACUGACAAGGAUACAAACAUUUUAUCUUUGAAUCUAAUUUAAGCUAAUUUGUGAUUCUUGAGUUAAUGACCCAAUGAGAGAGAGAAGUUGAAUCCGAACUGAAUCAGAAGCAUUCAGUCAUUAAAUCAGCACUGACAUUUCUAAGGAAAGUUGUUGCUGUCUGGAGUGCCAGAUAUCAGCUCGAGAACAGAGGCACACCUUUUUGGGCCCGGCACUACAUUUGAGGGCCUGCUUCCUCUGUGAUCUCUCUAUCAUUAGAGGACAGUAUGGAGAACAGAUGAAACAUGUCUGUGUGUGUGUGUGUGUUUUCCCCCAAUUAUUGUUCUGUUAUUUUUUCCCCAUGCAAAUUUGAUGAGGGUUAAAUGUGUGUGACUACCUGCAUGGACAGGUUUGAAAUCCUCUGGAGCAUCUAAAUUAAAGGACCAACAGUUAUAUGAGAUUGUUUUGUUGUGAAAGAAAGUUCUGUAUGUUCAUUGCAGUUUGAUGUUUGAUUUAUUAAACCUAACUUCGGCUUCAGAUGAAACUCUUUAUACCUUUGAGAUUGUUGUAACUAGAGCUAGAGGAGACACCAAUACACAAGAAGUGAUGUAUGUGUGGCUACCUUUCACUGUGUACACAGAAAAUGUAACAGAAAACAGCAGAAAGAAAUUAGACUUAACCAUAUUGCCACAAGAGUGCUUGGUGUCUUGUAUGGUCUUGAGAAUGAGGAUAUAACUAGAAUACUGGGGACGGUUGCAUAAACUGCUUAGACUAGUCUUAAAAAGUUAGCCAUUUAAUUAGUUUUCUUCUAAACUGGUCAUAACGGUUUAAAGUCAGUUACAAAAACGUAGAUUCGCCCAAUUUUAAUCAGAAAAGUGAGACUGAUUAUCUUAGCUAACUGCUAGUUGUUCACUAGUUCUUAAGACACAGUCUUAACAUAGUGGCUAUGUUUAUGCAACCGGCCCCUGGUCUAGCAGGUGUGACAAGCUAAUACUAGUCAUUGAGUUUUUGUUUCACUUCCGUAUGAAAUGUCAUUUGCAGUUGUUUUGUUGGUAAGCAGAAGUUUAAGACUUGCAGCACACUUAACUUUACAGAGCCAAGCUAAAAUGCCAAUCUCACAUUCGGUCUCUUAGCAUUCACAUUUCCAAGUGUAAAUGUUGCUUCAACACAGAUAUUUGAGCGUUCUUUGAUUUGUUGAGUUGACCCUUACCGUGUAAUGGUCCACAAUGUUUUGAAUCCUGGCUGACAGACAUAUAUUAGGUAACAUUAGGUCAGAUAACAUCAUGGUGCUGCCGCAAAAAAACUAAAACCUUUGUGUUUGACUGAACUUAUUUUUUGUAGCAAAUUUUUUCUUCUUCAAAUUACAAUUCUUCAUGCUUUUGGAAGCAAACCUCAGAAUAGUUGGGAUAAGUCUCUUCGUCUCCUCAGCUCCUGAUUCCCGCCGAAUCUCAUUUUAAACGCUUUGCUGUCAGAGCGGUUAAGCGCACCUGCUGCUUUACGCUCAGCUCGUGUCAAACUUGUUAAAGCGUCCGGAGAUGUGGAAAAAUGAUCUUUAGGCUUCAAACCAUCAUUAAUUCAAAUAGGACGUCAAGUUGAAUAUUCUUCGCCUUUUCUGAGUUGUAAUGAUUGACGAGCGGGUUAAUUCAAACAGAAGCGAUGAAAGCUAUGGUGGUACAGUGUUUCAAGCCUUCAAGCCCAGCUGAGAUCUUUUGGUGUGUCAAUCAAAACAUACCAAUCAUAAGCAUAGCAUCCUUUGAGACCUAACCCAGAAAAGAGACGUCUAUAGUGUUCCGCGGAUCGUUAAGCAGGUCUGGAAUAAAGAUGUUUAGCCUACUCCCUGAUCCGCUCUCGGAAGAACUAUUAAAUGAAAUUCCCAGAGCUCGAGUGUUUUGUCUUAAAGUCAGCAUCGAAUCAAAAUGUACCCCAUUGACGACUACAUUUUAUUGUUAAGAUUCAUCAAUCUGUGUAAAUCCAAACAGGAAAAAAUCUUUUAAUCUUCCAAUUAUAAUGUAGUAUAACAUGCUUCGCUUUCUCUUUUCUUAAAUACAGCCUUUCUGAAAUAUUGCUAAUAUUUUAAUGAUUUAAUGCAGUUAAUGUACUAAAAACACACUGCAAUAAUACAUUUGAAAGUCGUUACAAUCCGGAUGGGAUGGUUACUCUUUUCAACUGUCACGAUUCCAAGUUCAUUCAGAGGUAGGCCUACAUCACACAGCGCAAGUCAAAUGGGGUGCAAAUUUAGUUUCAUGUUGACUUCAAGUUUGAAAUGAAGAAAUUUGACAAUUUUGACAUUCAAUCCAAUAGCCCCCUUUUAAACGUCUAAGUUGCGAGUGAAGUGUUUAAUAACAAUGUACAAAUUAUAGUUGGUGAGUCUCAGCAGAUUCAAAUGGCCGACAUUUACACUUUUUGCUGCUCUGUAGACACUGAUUUCACACAAUACAUUCCGUGUUAUGAAAUUUGCUGCUUGCAUGCUUCGUCUGUGUCUGUUUGUCAUGUUGCAGUGUGUGUGUUUGUGUUUGUUUGAGAGAGAUGCUGUGUGGUUACGGAGUUUGACAGUAUGCUUAAGAGUGAAAUGUACCAGCAUUGGCACGACACUAUGUAUGACACUAAACUAACUUAAAUGACAAAUAGACUAGCUCAUCAUAGCUUAGUGAAAAUAUUUAAGGCAUUUGAUGAUUUGAAAAUUAUUUAUGAUAUUUGGUGUAAAUGCAUAUUGUUCCUUCCUAUGGCCUUAAA